UUACGCUCUGCUACAGUCGUAACGCAUUAUGAGCGUCAGAGCAAAACCGCGCAAAGUCCAGGACGAGAAUCCAGGCGCAUUUGUAGCUAAAAGCCUACCGACUACACGAAAGAUGAGCGCUCCAAGGAAUGAGGAGGACAAGAAAUCCACGGACGCCAAAGCGAGGUGCCCUUCAAAGCUCCAGGGAAGUCAAGACGCCCGACCGAGUAAAUCUACAAGGGAUGCUAACUCUACCAAAGAGCCAGAAACACCCAAACGCACCAAAAGUGGCGAGAAUAAAGGAGCUUCCUGCUGCCCAGUGAGGAGAGACAACAGUAUCAAGGAGAAUCCGAGAAGAGAUCUCCAAAGUGCUCCUGAAAAGGUUAAAAAAAGCCAGAGAUCAGAGUCAGCCAAAACAAUGGACACUAAAGUGAGCCGUCCUCCAAAGCCCCGGGAAGUUCAAGAGGUCUGUUCGACUCGAAGGGAUACUAACAAUACCAAAGAGGCACAAGCGCCCAAAACAGCAAAAAGUGUUGAGAAGGAAACAGCCCCCAUCUGCUCAGCGAGAAGAGGCAGCAGUAUCGACGAGAAUCCGAGUAAAGUGCUUCAGACUGCUCUUGAGAAGUUAAAGGUGAAGAAAAACCAGAGAUCGGAGUCAGCCAAAUGCGUAAACAACAUACAGAAUAGAGUAACCGAGUAUGUGAAACUGCAUCUGGACUGGUGCAAAGACAUCAGCGUUCUGAAGACAGGAAGCUACUAUGAAAACGUUAAAAUCUACGAGCCUGACGAGUUUGAUGUCAUGAUGACUGUUCGUGUGGAUAGGGUGAAGCUCCUGCCUUUCUCAGAAGACGGCGCCUUCUAUAGUGUAGAAAUGAAACGGCAAUCUUCAAGACAUCCUUUAGAAAAGUUUGUCAAUGAAGAAAGAACCAUCAUGGCCAGCAAAAUGCUCGACGAUUUCCGUGAGAAAGUAAAGGAAGCUGUGAAAGAACUACAGAAUGUUUCGCUUGAGAGGAAGAAGACGGGCUGUCCAGCUGUAACUCUGCUGGUGAACGAGAAGGGCAAGCAGAUUUCUAUCGAUUUUGUCCUUGGUCUAGAAGUCCACACAAGCUGGCCCAGUUUCACUCAGGGUGGCUUCAGCAUAGAAAACUGGCUGAGCAAGAAAGUGAAGCAGGACCAAAAAGGCAAACCGUUUUAUUUGGUGCCUAAAUACGAGGGAAGAGGCAGUGCCGAGCAGGAUGGAAUUAUGGCCAAGAAUGCUUGGCGAAUUUCGUUCUCACAUGUGGAGAAGUACAUCCUGAAAAACCACGGCAACAGUAAGACCUGCUGCGAGGGAGGACAGAAAUGCUGCAGAAAGCAGUGUCUGAAACUUCUGAAAUGCCUUUUGCAACGGCUGAAGGAGGCGCACCCGGAGGAUGCGGACAAGCUGUGCUCGUACCAUGCAAAGACAACACUGCUUCAUGCCUGUGCUGCCAGAGUGAAGGACAGUGAGUGGGAAAGCAGCGAGCUCAACCACUGCUUCCAGCAACUUCUCGGAGAUUUUGAGGAAAACCUGAGGGCCUGCCAGCUUUCCAACUUCUUCAUCCCCUCCCAAAAUCUGUUCAAAGGUAUUAGCAGGAAAAAAUGCCACCUUCUAGCAGACUACAUUGAAUCCCAACGUAAUAAUGGGUUUCCUCUACUAAGUUAAAUCAAGAGAGUUUAAUCUGAGACUGCCUGUGUGGUCGACAGUGAUUUAUAUAACAUUAGCCAUGUUUCCAUUCAAGUUUUUUUUUUUUUUUUUUGCAGUAAAAGGUUUAGCACAUUGAAAUGUUUACUGAUAUAGCUGAUGGAAAUGCAAAUUGUCGAUAAAAUUUCACAACUGUCAACAUAAUCUUUUUCCGUUUAACUUUAGAAAACGAGAAAAAUGGCAUUCGUGGAAUUGCGGUAUGCAGUUUAACGCCAUUGAUAUAACAUUCAUUUUUCCUUGUGCACACAGCAUAUACACAUCGAUGGACAGUUGUUUUACUAACCUCAAAAGUUUCCCGCACUACACUGUACUUGGUGCAAGUUGCCAGAUUGAGCAGGGCAAGAGCAAUCUGCUUUCUGGUCGGUUGCAACCUGCGAUAGGCGCAGCUCUCCAACACUACCUCCACCAUGGGCGGGGUGAGAGAGGGACCCAUUUUCAUCCUGAGAGUUUAAUGCCAAAGACUGACCCAUUAUUUUUCGUGGUGGAAGACCUUUGAUAAAUUAAGUGACAAUUCAGUUCUUACUACCUCGUUAUAUUUAUUACGGACCUGUUUCAAAUGACAUACUGAGUAUUGUUUUCUGCUACAAAAAAUCCAACUAACAUUUUGAAAAAAUUGUUGGUUUGCCAUCAAACAAAUAUGAAGUAUUUCAGUAAGAAAUAUACUUUUUUGGCAGUUUGUGCCAUAGCAUGUGAUAAUGGUUUGUUUAUACCUCCAGGGUAAUGACCUGAGUACGAGCACUUAUAGAGAGAGAACGAGAGCGAGAACGCGUGCGCUGAGUCAAGCGACAUUAGAAAACUGCACUUUUUAACACACAAGUAACUGAUGUGCGGCUUUAAAUACAAAUGUAGUGUACUUCGUUACUUCAGUUAGCGGUCACGCAAUAAUGUAUCAUGAUUAUUUUAUGAACCCAUUUUAUGAGCGGACCACCGGGAAUUCUCCCGUUUCUCCCGAUGAGCCACCUGACCUAUGCUCACGGGCUCCAGCAUACUUGGAGCGCUAUCAUACGAGCAGCUGCUCCAUUCUGACCUCAUCCUCUGAUCGCACAACUGCAAUUAUUUGUGAAAUUAAAAUUAAAGUAAGCUGGUCAAUUUCAUUUAAUUGUCUCAAUACUUUCUCCAUUUUAAAAAGAUUUGAGGACAUGCAGAACUCAAAGGGUACACAAUUUGCGAUAUACACAAAAUUAUGUAUGGAAACGGCUCAAGGGCAGAUUUCUUUUACAAUACGCCAAAACUUAUGCAACAGUUUGUUUUUUAAAAGGAUGACAUGAUGCACACCAUUUUAUCGGUAAAAGGCCAAUUGUAUGUUAGUGGGUAGGAGACAGCAAAUAUCGCAAACUGUUUUUUUUUUUUUUUUUUUUUUUUUUUAAACGCACUCUCACUUUUUUGAUAACAGAAAUGCACAAAAAGUGGAUGGAAACUUGGCUAAUGUUAACAUGAUAUUUUUUCAAUUAUAAUAAAAAUACAUUUAAAUAUAUAAAUGAAGUAUUAUGUCCAUGGGCACAUGGUGGCUUAGUGGUUAGCAUGUUCGUCUCACACCUCCAGCGUUGGGGGUUUGAUUCCCACCUGUGUGUGCAGAGCCUGCAUGUUCUCCCUAUGUUGCAGGGGUUUCCUCCCCCAGUCUAAAGACAUGCACAGUAGGCUGAUUGGCAUGUCCAAAUUGUCCGCAGUCUAUGAACGUGUAUGUGAGUGUGCCCUGCAAUGGAUUGGCACCCAGUCAAAGGAUGUACCCCAGCUUGUGCCCCAUGCUCCCAAGGAUAGGCUCCAGGUUCCCCACAACUCUGAAGGUGGAUGGAAGGAUUAUGUCCAUGUACUCUCUACCAUCUUGUCUGUUGUUUUCUCAUCUACACCCAACACUCACUCAUACUAAGCUUUAUAUACAAAAGUAUAACAUCUACAAAUAUGAAUAAAGUAUAAUAAACAAUACUCAA